AAGCAACGGAGUGAACGGAGUUCGCUUAUAAAUAGACGCCGAGAGUCGGGGGGGAACACGGCAUUCGUCUCGGUCUCGGGAGGAGGUGGUUUGCUUGUGUUUGUGUGCGUGACGCGGUUGGAGGGGGGGGAAGAAGACGAGUUUUAAUGAAAACCGGAGUAGAUUAAAAAGCGUAUACAGUCAUUAGAAAGAGUGCAAGACGUCGGGUUGGCGACGUAAAAGACAAAACCAGUAGCCAACCCCUUAAAAAAAAGUCAGGAAGGGGAAUCCGUGUUUGUUUUCGCAGCAGGGCCGCUUUGAACUAAAUGACUUCUUUUUUGGAGGGCAAAGCUAUUGCGCCCAAGCUUGCUUCGAUACACCUGAGGUCGUUUGGUGGUCGUCGCGGGCGACGCGCGGAGACUUGAUGACCGCUGGCCGACUGGGCACCGCGACGCAUCCAGAGUCCUGACCAUGACAACCCACCGAGAAGAUAGAUAAACUAGACAAGGAAGGAGGAGGAAAGGGUGAGGGUUAGUGAUGUGUUAGUGAUGUGGUGCCGGGAAGGCUAGACGUGUUGGUGGACGGACAGACGGUCGGUCGUCAUGCCUGUGAACGAGGCACUCUGCUUUCUUCUCGUUACACAAUGACUGUUGUGUAACGAGCACGCAGUUGCUUAUAGAUUUCUUUUGGACUGUUAUUUAUUUAUUGGUUUGAAUUAAUUUUUAAGUGCUCCUGAGAUAGCUGUGUUUGGAGGUAGAGGAGGUGGUGCGGUAGGACUGAGGAGGUAGCGCAUACCUGAACAGCAGUGUUGUGUGUUUGUUUUGGGGACGGAGGCGGUUUGUACGGCGACGAUCACGAUGAAAGGCUAGACGGAGACAGGAUCCAGGCCUUCGGCCAGUAUUCCUAAAAGAACAAAGGUGUAACUUAGAGGGCUUCAGCGUUGAUUGAGUAGAACCGAUCUCAGCAGUACCGAAGGCCGUAGGUUUACGAGGGCUUUCAAAGGUUGUGGAGUCACGAUCACAUUAGAACAUUACUUGCAGACGGACCGAAAGAGGGAGAGGCUGACAGACGUGUCGAAGAGGUUGAACGCCAGUUUGUGGGGAGAGAAGGACUUUGUGUUUUGUUUGCUUUAAAACACUAAAAGAGAUCAACUGCCAUCACGACGUUCAUAUCAGAAGGUUCCCCACAACCACCACCACUGACGAGGGGCAGCGGCAGCCUUCAGCACCAUUUGGAAGUGGAAGAUUAAAGCAGCAGAUAUGAAGCCGGACCGAGAUGCUGCAGAGGAAUAUUUUGAGUUUGAUGCAGAGGAGUUCUUGGUUUUCCUGACGCUGCUCAUCACAGAAGGUCGAACACCCGAGUUCUCUGUUAAAGGUCGAACAGAAGGACUUCACUGCCCUCCAGCACAGUCGGGACAGCCAGUUAAUAACAAGCAUGAAUGCAGCGACAAGCUUCCACAGUGCCGUCAAGCUAGAAGGACAAGAUCUGAAGUGGUGCUGCUUUGGAGAAAUAAUAUUCCAAUCAUGGUUGAGGUGAUGGUACUACCAGAUUGUUGCUACAGUGAUGAAUAUCCAUCCACAGACGGGAAUGACCUGCAUGAUCCUGCCAUCAAACAGGAUGCUUUAUUAUUAGAAAGAUGGACAUUACAACCAGUUCCUAGGCAAAGUGGAGAUCGUUUCAUUGAGGAAAAGACUCUGCUGCUGGCCGUUCGAUCUUUUGUGUUUUUCUCUCAGCUGAGUGCAUGGCUCAGUGCAUCGCAUGGAGUUGUUCCUAGGAAUAUACUUUACAGAGUAAGUGCUGCAGAUGAAGAACUGUUGUGGAACUUUUCCCAGCACCCAAAUGAACAUGUAUUUCCAGUACCUAAUGUUUCUCAUAGUGUUGCCUUGAAAGUGAGUGUCCAGUCCCUUCCUCGACAGCCAAAUUACCCUGUUCUAAAAUGUAGCAUACACACCAGCAUAACGCACUUUGGAAAGAAGACUGAAGAAUAUGAAGGAAUGCCAACAGGACAUACUAGCAUCACAGAUGAAAACCAGAUAAAUUCUCCAGGUUCUGCACAGCGUUUUACCAAACAAUCAUGGGCUCAAUUUCCACAAUCUAUAGCAAAUCCUAGGAAAUGUCUGCCUGCUGAAGUCCUUUCUCCCAGUAUAAAGUGGUUUCAUCCUAAACUGUACAGCAGUUCUGAAAGCUUUAAUUCCUCAAGUGUCAAAGACUGUUCAGUGGUGCAGAAUAUUGAGACACAAACUAGAUCUUUCAAAUCUCUGUCCUUGAAUGAUUCUUGCACAUCUGUUAGUCCAUGUUCUCGACUUCCUAGUGUGGAACCAAGCCCCCUUAUAGGGUCCCUUCUUCAAGAGAGGCAAGAAGUAAUAGCAAGGAUUGCUCAACAUUUAGACUACUGUGAUCCAUCCUCCCCACACAUAUCUGGAAAUCUGUUCUGUAGCCAUGACCAAAAUUCGCUUGUUUCAAAAACACCAUGGGGCUCUCUUGAAGAUGAUGUCCUACUAAAGAAAUGCAAAGAAUCUUCCCUUUCAAGCUAUGUUACCCAACACAGUGUUUGCCAAGAACAUGGUUCUGAAGGGAAGAGCAGGUCCUCUAGCCCUGAAACUCCUAUCACCUCAUGUAGCACAAAUAAGCGGGAUAGACAGACACAGUGCUCUCCCUUGGCCCGGAGACGGCUGUUGUUAUCUAGCUCUCCAGAAAAUAGUAGAAUAUUGCCGACUGCACAGGAAGUUUCUAGACCGACUCACACUUCAUUUCCACAGCCCCACAAUAAAUGUUGCAGUUUGUUAAAUUGCACAUAUGAAAAAUGCAAAAAUGGUAAAUUGAAAGUGACAUACCCGAAUAGCACAGUAUGUUCGAAUGGUCAAAGUAAGGACCAAAUACCUUGCUUAGAUAAUUGUCCUGUCUUAGUUAAAGAAACCAGCACUGAUUCACAAAUUUGCACAGAUUUUAAAAGUAGUAUAAGAAACCUCCCUGACAAAGUAGACUGCUUCUCAAAUUUGCACAAAGAGUCCUGUACGAAACUUGAAGAUGCAACCCAUAAACAUGUUUCACAAUCCUCAGAUAGCUUUUGCAAUGCCAAAAAGCAACCAGAGAAUAUUAUGAAUAAAGACUGUAUUCGAAGAACAGAUUUAUCUGAACAAAGCAAGUUGGAACUUUCGGAAACCAGUUUGCACGAAAAGAUCAAUCAUUCAAAAGAUCCAAUUCCAUUUUCACAAAAACCUUUACCAGAUGAGAACAAGGAUCCCCCAGAGUCUAGCACAUUUCCUGGCACUUUAUUCAGAGGAGCCUUUAAAGACAGGAAAGAGAAGGAUGAAAGGAUGCGAAAUGUGAAUGUGCUGACAAUCAAUGGAGAGUCUUCCCUUAAACCUUGUAACCUUUGGAAAAGUCAAAAAUGUCGUUCUCUAGAUGGGACUGCUGCAAAAGCAUUUCAUCCAUGCACUGGAUUGCCUCUUCUCUCAAGCCCUGUUCCACAAAGAAGAACAAGGAGUGGUUGUUUUGAUUUAGAUACUACACUCUCUUCUUAUAAAAGCUUACCGUGGUCUGCUACAAAGAGAGUGUUUCUAAAACUACAUAGCCGAGAACAACAAGGUCAACAGCUGCUAAGUACAAGUGCCCCACCAACAACAAGUCUUAGCCUUCUAGGAAACUUUGAGGAAUCGGUACUGAACUUUCGUUUGGAACCUUUGGGUGUUGUGGAUGGUUUCACAGCAGAAGUGGGUGCUAGCGGAAUAUUUUGUCCCAGUCACAUGACCCUCCCCGUAGAAGUUUCAUUUUAUAGUGUUUCAGAUGAUAAUGCCCCCUCUCCCUACAUGGGUAUAAUCAACUUGGAACCCUUAGGAAAAAAGGGUUAUAGAGUACCUCCAUCAGGAACAAUUCAAGUGACCUUAUUUAAUCCAAACAAGACAGUGGUGAAAAUGUUUGUUGUGAUUUAUAAUCUAAGAGAGAUGCCAGCCAAUCAUCAAACAUUCCUCAGACAAAGGACAUUUUCUGUUCCUGUGAAACAUGAUGUCAGUAGAAAUGGCAAUAAAAAAACCCUCCUUCAGACUGAGGAAAGACUUCUGCGCUACCUCGUACACCUGAGGUUCCAGAGCACUAAAUCUGGAAAAAUCUACCUCCAUACAGACAUAAGGCUCCUGUUUUCUCGCAAAUCUAUGGAAGUUGACAGUGGUGCUGCAUACGAACUCAAAUCAUACACUGAAACCCCAGCUAAUCCUCCAUUUUCUCCAAGAUGCUGAUCUAUAAAGGAGAAUGCGCCUUCUUGUUUAGUUUUCCCCUUAUUUUAACAAAAGGAAAAUUUGUUAACCCAAUUUAUCACAAUUGACAAAUGUUUGUUGUUUUAGAAUAGUGAAAAAACAAGGAAUAUUUGUAUAGUUGUGAUGAGAAGAACACUGUGCAUUUCCAAAAUGAGUGGGAAAAUUAGUAAUUUUUUUUUGUACUGUUACAGAGUCAUUUGAUUGGAAUUGUUGCAAUAGACUAUUAAAGAAUGAAAAAAACCCCUA